AUGAAAAUUCACUUUACGGUUAUGUGCGCUACUGAGUUGCUGUCAAUGAAGGAUUCAGUAAGCAAAGAAGAUAAUACAAAAUCCAAAGCUCAGCUUAAAGCUGAAAGGAGGGCUAUUCAAGAAGCUCAAAGAGCUGCGAAGGCUGCUUCUAAAGGUACUGACAAGCCAAAAGUCACGCAAACACCAAAUGCCGCUCCUAGUAAUGCACCAAAUACUCACCCAAAUCAGGACACAGGCAUGGAUGAACAAAAGACUAUUUCCUCUAUGGAUGAGAAAGCAUGUAUCGGUGUGGUGCAAAGUCAAAAUAACCGCCUCGAUUAUUCCAGCCUUAAAAUUGCCGAAGUUCCGAAGUCCAGAACACAGGAGUCCUGUCGCGUUCACCUCUUCAAGCAUCUUGACCAACCAGACAAGCGAGUAAAUGUUAUCAGUUAUCUUGGUUUAGGGACUCGUUCCUCAAUCCAUCCUUCAUUCCUCACUCUGGGUGUCGAUUUUGACGAAGAUCGAAUAUGGGGCUCCAAUGAGAAGUGUUUAGCGUUUUUGUCGUCAUGUGAAGAACUCAUACGUUCAUUCAUUCCGAAGUCACCUACCGAAAGAAUGAACAAUCACACUGGAACAAAUGAUGCUCUGUUUUGCCGGAGUUUCGGACCAGUUUUGCAAGCUCAUGUGAACUUUCUUCAACUUUGUCGUCCAUUAUCUGUUACGAUACAUAAUGCAUAUCAGUAUCUGAAGCAGACGCUUACUCGCCUAGAUUCCGUGGAAGAUUGGGAUGAGUGUAGAGGCAAUUUUUUAUCAGCCAUCGUCGAAUUUAGACGUGGUUCAAUUUACUUGGCAGGAGAUGAAAUUGUAGAUCGUACAGUUAAUUUGAUUCGUUCUGGUGAAUGUGUUUGUAUAUUUGGAUAUUCAUCCUUGGUAGCCCGUGUGCUGGAACGUGCAUGGAAAUCUCCAUGCAACACAUCUGUCAAUCAAGUUGAUGCAAAUGUUGAUUUUUUAGCGGACAAAAUGAAAACAUGUUUUGUAAACACUAAAUCGGAUCCAUCAAAUAAAACUACAGACAGAGUUUUUAGUGUUUUGGUUGUUGACUCUCGACCGAAAUUUGAAGGUAGACAAAUGCUAACCAGAUUGUUGAAAGCAGGAAUACCAUGUGAAUAUACACAUAUUGGUGCAUUGCCAAGUGUUGCAAAUAAGAUAUCUCUAGUUAUUCUGGGCGCCCAUGCUCUUCUUAGCAAUGGCUACGUACUAGGUCGUAUGGGGAGCGCUCAAGUAGCCAACAUUGCAGCCUCUAUUUCUCAUGCUCCAACAAUAGUCUGUGCUGAAACUUACAAAUUUUGGGAGCGCGCCCAUUCUGAUGCAUUCGAGUAUAACGAACUUGGAGAUCCUGACGACAUUUGGCGAGGUCCACGAGGUACAUCACCAGACUAUAAAAAGGGCAUUCCUGGUUUCGGUCCAACUGGACUUCCAGAUAGAAUUGAAUCUUCUACAACUGAUUUGAGUGAAUGGCGUUCAAAUUAUAGUCUUAGACUGUUACAUUUAGAAUAUGAUGUGUUACCGCCUACAUUGGUUACAGCUGUAGUAACUGAAAAGGGCACCUUACCUACAACCUCUGUUCCUGUAGUCCUGCGAGUAAAACAAGCUUCUAUAACCAAUGUUAGUUGUAGCAAUAGUAAUAAUGAUAACAGUGAUAAUACAUUUGAUGUUUACGCCAAUCCAUUACCAGGUGGUCAAUUUAAUAAAUCGAAUUCAAGUAUUCCUUCACUCUCUUUCUAA